AUGCCACCUGUGGUAGAAUUUCUUACCUGUUUAUUUCUUCCUCUUUCCCAUCCUUCCUCCUACCGCCAUCCUCGUUAUUUUGUCGACUUCUUCGUCGCACCAAUAACCAUCAACAUUAAUUCUUCUUCCGCUUUUUUCCUCGACGCUUCUUUCUUUCUUGAAUUCUUUCUUUCUUAUUUACAGAUUCUUUUUUCUUUCUUUCUUAUUUACAGCUUCUUUCUUUCUUGCUUGCUUUCUUUGGUUCUUUUUUAUUUACAGAUUUUUCGUUCUUUCUUUCUUAUUUACAGCUUCUUUCGUUCUUUCUUUCUUUCUUUCUUUCUUUCUUAUUUACAGCUUCUUUCUUUCUUGCUUGCUUUCUUUCGUUCUUUUUUAUUUACAGAUUUUUCGUUCUUUCUUUCUUAUUUACAGCUUCUUUCGUUCUUUCUUUCUUUCUUUCUUUCUUUCUUUCUUUCUUAUUUACAGCUUCUUUCUUUCUUACUUUCUUUCUUUCUUAUUUACAGAUUCUUUUUUCUUUCUUUCUUAUUUACAGAUUCUUUUUUCUUUCUUUUUUUCUUAUUUACAGCUUCUUUCUUUCUUUCUUUCUUUCUUAUUUACAGAUUUUUCGUUCUUUCUUUCUUUCUUUCUUAUUUGCAGCUUCUUUCUUUCUUCCUAUCUUUCUUUCUUUUUUCUUGCUUUCUUUCCUUCUUAUUUACAGCUUCUUUUUUUUCUUCUUUCUUUCUUUCUUAUCUACAGCUUUUUCGUUCUUUCUUAUUUUACAGAUUUUUCGUUCUUUCUUUCUUUCUUAUUUGCAGCUUCUUUCUUUCUUCCUAUCUUUCUUUCUUUUUUCUUGCUUGCUUUCCUUCUUAUUUACAGCUUCUUUCUUUCUUUCUUAUUUACCGUUCCUGUCUUUCAUUCUUUCUUUCUUUCUUUCUUUCUUUCUUUCUUUCUUAUUUACCGUUCCUGUCUUUCAUUCUUUCUUUCUUUCUUACAGCUUUUUCUUUUCUCUUCCUUUUUUUUACAGAUUUUCUUUCUUUCUUUCUUUCUUUCUUUCUUUCUUUCUUUCUUUCUUUCUUUCUUUCUUUCUUAUUUACAACUUUUUUCUUUCCAUCUUUCUUUCUUUCUUUCUUUUUUCUUUCUCUCUUAAUUACCGUUCCUGUCUUUCUUUCUUUCUUUCUUAUUUACCGUUUCUUUCUUUCUCUCUUUCUUUCUUCGUAUAGUAUCCGGUUUCUCUUAUAUCCUAUCUAUCUAUUACACUGUAUAAAUCUAUUAGUGUGUAAUCUAGCUCUGCUAGAUCUCUGUUCGUUCGAUCCUAUCUAUCUAUCAAAGUGCCUUGUGCCACAUUCAAUUCCUGUGGGUGAAUUGAUAAAUACCAUCUAUCUAUCUAUCUAUCUAUCUAUCUAUCUCAUUCUGUUAUUGUUCUUUUUCCUUUCUUUCUUUCUUUCUUUCUUUCUUUCUUUCUUUCUAAAUAUCUAUCUAUCUAUAUAUCUAUCUCAGUCUGUUUGUGUUUAUCUAUCUAUCUAUCUAUCUAUAAUUCUGUUAUUGUUCUUUCUUUCUUUCGAUAUAUCUAUCUAUCUCAGUCUGUUCGUAUCUAUCUAUUUAUAUAAAAACUACUUUUUUAAAUGA